CAGCUCACGAGGGCUUCAAUCGAGCCAGCAAUGCUGCAGUCCGAUGCAAGUAUGGAGUUGUCUGACAGAACAGCUUCAAAUCCCACUGGAUUUGAAGGUUGAUAGUGCUUACAGUUCGUUUCAACGGCAACGCGACGCCCUCGGCGUGAGAUUUAUGCCCUUGGCUUGGAUCAGUAGGCCGCCCAGUGGCACCACACCAAGAGUGAAGCUUUGGCAUUUGGCCCAUAGGGACUGGGUGAUGGAGGUUUGCGUGGGCUAGCUAUACCCUGAAGAAGCUCCCCAUAUAUAACAUCUUCAUUUCGUUUUUGAUGGCGACCUCACUGGGUCAAGCUAGACCUUAGAGGCCCCAUUUUCAUUUCCGAAAUGGCAGCUCUGGACCUUUCGACGCUGGCCAAAAAUACGCUCGACGUCUCUCGCGGCUUCACCUACACUUACUACACCGCGCCCGCUCGCAACUCCAAGCCUACCCUCCUCCUCUUCCACGGCUGGCCUGACACGGCGCGUCUCUGGGCGGGCCUCAUCAACAACUACCUCAUCCCAAAUGGCUACGGCGUCGUGGCACUAGACAACCUCGGCUUCGGUGAUACCUCGAAGCCCACCGACCCAGAAGACUACGCAUGGCACCGUCUUGCAGCCGACGCUGUCGAGAUUCUCGACGCCGAGGGCUUAACCAAAGUCAUCUCCCUCGGCCAUGACUGGGGCUGCCUCAUCGCUCAGCGGCUCUACAACUUUCACCCCGAUCGCAUCUGCGGUCUCGUCACGUUGAACGUCCCUUACAUGCCGCCCACUGGCCACUUUGAUCUGGAAACAGUCAACGACAUGACGAGAAAAGUAUUUGGUGUCGGCAUCUUUGAGUACUGGCACUUUUUCCUCGCCGAGGACUCGGUCGACCUCAUGAAUCAGAACCUCGAGUCUGUAUAUAGCGUCACGUUCGGCGACCCGCAAACGUGGAUCGAGAAUUGGUGCUCGCCCGGCAAGAUGCGCGUGUUCGUCACCCGAGGUCGCACGCAGCCGACGCUACCAUUCGCUACACCAGAGCAUAGAGCCGAUUUCAUGGAGCGUUACGGCAGAGACGGCGGGUUUGCUGCGCCAAGAUGCGUCUACACCGUGACGGGCUCCGGGAUUCAGGACAAGUCGGAGAGGAUGCUGAGCGAGGAGGUGAAGACGGUUCGGGUGCCGGUGCUCUAUUGGGGCGGGGAGCAGGACUAUGUAUGCAGGCCUGAGUUACUUCAGCAGAGCAUCGCUGCUGGCGUACUGCCGGAUGUCAAGAGUAUCACGAGGGAAGGCGGCCAUUGGGCUCUUCUUGAGAAGCCAGUUGUGUUUGGAGAGGAUGUGUUGGGAUGGUUGCACGAGACUUUUGACUCUUGAGUUUGGACGGAGAAAACAGGGAUAACCCCGCUGCCAGCACAGAGUUACCUGACAUUUCACAGUGAAAUCGAAAUACAAC